CUCUGGUUAUCAAGUCAGCCAGACUGCCGCCUUGGGCGGCCGCCAUCCCCAACACCCACAGUCAGAGAGGAGGGAAAGGAGCCCCGGAAGCCUGUAGGCGGCCAACCCCUGAAGGAACCUGUGUCAUGUGGUUUCUGAAAAAUCGAAACCAGACUCAGUUUUCUGAAACAUUCCCUGGGACCAGCCUGAUCACUUUCCACACUGCGCGGAGGGGCUUUCUGGGUGGACAGCCUACAGAGCCAUCCUGCGACGGGAAGGCCGGAUGUCCCAGGACCAUCAUCAGUAGUUGCCUCAGGCAGACCUCUGGGCACUUCUGCAGUGGCUAUUAUCUGAAGAUAAGGCCCCACCCUCAGCGAGGCGCACUAGGCCCCUCCCUGUCUGGGCCCUGCACACCCCACCUUCCCCGUCCCCACCUGGCCCAACUGCAGCCACAUCCGGGCCUGGUUUUCUGAGACGGGCUCCUUUCCCCAACGUCUUUGCUGCCUGGAGACACCCCAGCUCACCCGCUUCAUCUGGGCAAGUCUUCAGGUCCUUGGAGGGCCACCUUUCAGACCAGGGCACAGGCUCCCAGGCCAGACCAUGGCCCUGCUAGGGCUCCUCUGCGUGUGGCUGCUGGUCGCAGGGACUGAAGCUGUGAAAGAUGGUGACAUGCGGCUGGCAGAUGGGGACGCUGCCAACCAGGGCCGUGUGGAGAUCUUCUACGGAGGCCAGUGGGGGACAGUGUGUGACAACUUGUGGGACCUGACCGAUGCCAGCGUCGUCUGCCGGGCCCUGGGGUUUGCGAACGCCACUGAGGCUCUGGGCAGAGCCGCCUUUGGGCCAGGAACGGGCCCUAUCAUGCUGGACGAGGUGGAAUGCGUGGGGACAGAGCCCUCGCUGGCCAACUGCUCGUCGCUGGGCUGGCUGAAGAGCCACUGCAGGCACAGCCAGGACGCCGGCGUCGUCUGCAGCAACGAAACCAGAGGCAUCCACACCUUGGACCUGUCGGGCGAGCUCCCUGAUGCCCUCGCGCAGAUCUUCGACAGCCAGAGGGGCUGCGACCUGUCCAUCAGGGUGAAGGUGAAGGACAAGGAGGACCUGAGUCUCUGCGCCCACAGCCUGAUCCUGUGCGCCAACCCCGAGGCCCAGGCGCUGUGCAAGGUGCCAGGCAGCACGGCCACCAUGGAGGUGGACGCCGAGUGCCUGCCUGUCGUCAGAGACUUAAUCAGGUACUUCUACUCCCGAAGGAUAGACGUGUCCCUGUCGUCGGUGAAGUGUCUCCACAAGCUGGCCUCUGCCUACGGGGCCGAGCAGCUGCAGAGCUACUGCGCACACCUCUUCGCCCUCCUGCUCCCCCAGGACCUCUCCUUCCAGACGUCCCUGGAUCUCUAUGCCUAUGCGCUGGCCACCAGGGACCCCGUGCUGGAGGAGCUGUGCGUACAGUUCCUGGCCUGGAACUUCGAGGCCCUGACGGCGGCCGAGGCCUGGACGAGCGUCCCCGUAGCCCUGCUCCACGUCCUGCUGUCCAGGAGCGAGCUGGCCGUGCCCAGCGAGUUGGCCCUGCUGACGGCCGUGGAUGUGUGGAGCCGGGAGCAGCGCGCCAGCCACAGGGAGAUGGAAGGCGUGGUGGAGAAGGUCCGGUUCCCCAUGAUACUGCCCGACGACCUCUUCCAGCUGCAGUUUAACCUGUCCCUGUACCAGCGUCACCAGGCGCUCUUCCAAAAGAAGAUUCUGGAAGCCCUGGAAUUCCACACCGUGCCCUUGCGGCUGCUGGCCCAGUACCCAGGCCUGAACCUCACCGAGGACGCCUACAAGCCCCGGAUGUACACCUCGCCCACGUGGAGCGCGGCCGUGACACUGAAUUCCCGGGCCCCCUCACCCUCCUAUUGGUAUGACCCCUACCAGUCCUUCCAGACGCCACAGCACCCCAGCUUCCUCUUCCAGUCCAGCCUCAUCUCCUGGUCUCUCGUCUACCUCCCCACCGUCCAGAGCUGCAGUAACUACGGGUUCUCGUGCUCCUUGGACGAGCCCCCAGUCCUGGGCCUCACCAAGUCCAGCUACUCGGAUCCCACCAUUGGUUACGAAAACAAAGCCCUGAUGCUGUGUGAGGGGAGCUUCGUGGCAGAUGUCACCGACUUCGAGGGCCCGAAGGCCAUGAUCCCCAGCGCCCUGGACACCAACGGUUCCAGGAGCACCUCCUUCUUCCCCUGCCCGGCAGGGUCCUUCAGCGGCUUCCGAGCGGUCAUCCGCCCGUUCUACCUGACCAACGCCUCAGUCGUGGACUAGACGGGCGGGGGCAGGAGCGCAGAGCAGCAGCUCCUGUGAGCAGCCCCAGCUGAGCGACCCCGACCCUCCACCCUCCGUCUCUCAGCCGCCUCCCACGGCCGGCCACCAGAUGGCGCCCCUGCUCCCACUGAGCUCUGAGCUUGAAGAAAUGACGCGUUCACACAGAUGCUGAGAAUUCCCAUUUCUCCCGCCGCCCAGCUGCUGUGCCGCUAAGCGAGUGGCCGUUGAGGACUUUCUCAGCCCUCUAGUGUCCCUUGUCUCAGAUCAUUAAAGUUGCAUUGUGGUU